AAGGAAAAUGUUGAAGCAAGGUGGGAUUGAUAUGAACAGUUUGAAAGUUGAUGAAGAGAGUAAGAUACAAAGAUCGCGUUGGUGAAUUCAGAAUUCCAAAAUUUAAGAUCGAAUUUGGGUUUGAAGCUUCAAAUGCUUUUGAUGAUUUUGAGCUAAAUGUGUCAUUGUACCAAAAAGCUUUCAUUGAGAUCGAUGAAGUAGGUACUGAAGCUGCAGCUGCAACUGCCUGCUGCGGAGGUGGUGGUGGCCGUCCGAAGACGAUAGAUUUCGUGGCAGAUUGAUAUCUUGCAUAUUUGCAUUAUCAUCCAUUUCUUUUCUUGAUUAGAGAAGACCGAACCAGAACUGUUUUAUUUGUUGGUCAAAUCUUCGAUCCUUCCAAAUCUUAUUAAUAAGUUUUAGCUGAAUCACUAAUUAAUUAAUUUGAGAAAAUAUCCAUAAUGAAUUUUUAUAUAAUUAAAAACAAACUUUGAUUUAAUAAUAUUUAAAUAUAUGUUAUAUUAAAAUUCUUAUUUUCUUAUUAGGUUUUAAGCUUUUAUAUAGGUCAUUGAUUUAUUAUUAGUUUUUAACUGAAUAUUUAUUAAUUUUCAUAAAACCCGUAAUGAAUUCUAUAUAUAAUAAGUCACGAGUUUUAUUUUAAUAAUAUUAAAUUAUAUAUAUAUGUUAUAUUAAAUAAUUAAUUAUAAACUAAUAUAAUAAAAUUGUGAAAAUAUAUUUAAAAAUUAAGAGAAUUCUUAUAUAUAUUGUGUUACUAUCUGAAAACAAUAAUUUUUAUUAUAAAGUUAAAAAUUAAGAUAUAAAACAAUUUAUAAUUAAAUAUUAGUUAAACAAAAAUAUUUAUAUAAAGAUAUUUUGUAAACUAUUUUUAAUAGCUCUAGUUGGUGACCAUUAGAAGAAUGAAAAAAACGAACAAAUAAAAAAUCAAGAGAAAAGUACAAAGACACUUGUAAAAAGGUAGAUGUCUCUAUAUAGAUGGUGGUAUUGGAUUUUAAACAUUUAAUUUCAAUUCAGAAUAAAACUCUGUUUAAAAUAUUAUUAGUUACCCCUUUACCAUCUGCCGACGGAGAAGCUCUUAGAUCAUCCACACUGAAUGUUAAACCUCUUCCAAUAAUGGUGUUGAAGUCUUGGAACAAAUCCACCUGGCAUUGUAAACAUUCAACAGCUGAAACUUUUUUCUAUUAUCAGUUUCGCCAUAAGGCGCAAUUGGAUUGGGAGAAAUGGUUGGACAAAUUUUUUAAUUUUUAUUUCCACCUACUAAUUCAAACUCAUUUAUUUUAUAAUAGAAUUUUAUUAAAAAAAAUAAAAAUUAUAUCAUAUUUCAUGAUUUUUAUGAUCUAUAAAUAGAUACUAUUCUCAUACCAUUUGGAUAUAGAAAACAUCAUUUUUCAUUAUAAUCAAUUAUUUUAGUGUUUUAAAAUUUUUUGUUAAAUGGAUCAUAUUUGUGUCGUUAAAAAAAAUGGAUCAUAUUUGUUUUAAUAAUAUUAAUUUUAGUAUUAUAUUUUUAAAAGUAAGGUAAGUAUAUAAAUAAAAGAGAAUUUAGAAAAUUAUGUUAUUUUAGUUUUAAUUUAAUUACAAUCAGAAAUAUUAUAAUGUGUAAUUAUUAUAUUAUAAAAGAUAAAAAUAUGAAAACGGUGGGAUAGGGUGUAAUUUUUUCAAAAAUAAAUUAUUGGAUGUGGAAUAAAUUAGGUGGAAGAGAAAGAAGAUGAUGUAAAAUAUUAAAAAGAGAAAAAUAGGAGUUGAAAAUGAAAUAGUAGUGGAAACCACUGUAUAUGGUCUUAUGUUCCUUAUUAUCCAGUCAAUAAUUAUUAGAAAAACGUUUAGAAUAGCAAUUAGAAGAUACAAAUUCUCUUCAAAGGUUUUUUGCCUUAUGAUUUCAUAUGAAACUUUUCAUACAAAAUUUGCAUUAAAAAAAUCUAUUAAAAUUUUAUACUAAUUUAUUUAUUAUUAUUUAAUAAUAUCACAAAAUUAUUUUGUAUCCAAAAAGUAAAUUAAUAUUAUUAAAAAAAAAAUAAAAAAAAAAAUAAACUUGGUUUAAACUUUUAAAAUAAUAAUAUUUCAAAUUUAAAUAUAACUAAAUAUAUUUUAUUAUUGUCAACAAAACUCUAUUUUCUCUCAUGUAAACUCUUUAAUUCCAGUGAAAUUGGAUUCAAAGGCUAACUAUUUCUCUUGAAUUGAUAAUGCAUGGAGUUUGACGUCAAAAAAAAAAAAACAAACAACAUGAUGAAGCAAUAAAAUUGUAAAACUUAUGUUGAUGGGUCAUCAUUCAGAUGAUUUGUAAUUUUAAACUUAAACAAACAAUAAUCUCAUUUCCAUCCAAAUGAUACAUUUUGACCGUGAAAAAACAUGCCGUGACAAGUAACAACAGUACAAAUUAUAAACAAAGUUCAAUUAAAUAAUUAUGUGCGUUUGUUUCAGAGAAACUCGGCAGCAAAGAAAAUGUUGAAGAAAGGUGGGAUUUAUAUGAACAGUUUGAAAGUUGAUGAAGAGAGUAAGAGAGUUAAAUAAAAUACUCCAUAUGUUUCAUUAUAAGUGUCGUUUUAGGUUUCUUCACACGGAUUAAGGAAACAAUUAAUUUAAUAUAUUUCUUAUAUAAAAACACUAUUACCUAUACACCUAACCAUAUUUUAACCAAUA